AACUCACCCGUCCAUAUGUUAGUUGGUAACCCAGAAAUAUGGUAGAAGAAUAAGAAUAAGCGAGAGGAAAGAAUAAGAAGAAGAUGAACAAACGCGAAAUUUGAAUUCAAAAUUGCGUAAUAUUUAUUGAUUAAACGCAGCCGAUUGUUAUGGUAUUACAAUAGUGUCGAUAACAAUUACGUAAUUUGCAUUCGGUUCGCUUAACCUAUAUCCGCACGCAGAGUUGCUGCGAUGUACUUUGACGACGUUUAUAUUGGACCGAUAGAGCAGGACGAUCCGAUCGUCCACAACCCGUUCAUACUGAACCCUAAUCUGGCCGUAGCCCUGAAGAUCGAGGAGGAACGCAGGGAGAUUGAUCUGGAGGCGAGCCGUCGUUUCGGCUUCCAACCAUAUGAUAGCCACUACACGACUGGUAUAAAAACGGAAGCGGGUACAUCCAGCAAACUGCCUCCACCGCUAGACACCAGCAGACCGUACGAGUGUGAGAUCUGCGAGAAACGCUUCAACAAGAAGAGCAACCUAUGGAAGCACAUACACAUCCACACAGGCGAGAAACGCUUCCAAUGUGAUGUCUGCAACAAGAAGUUCUCACAGAACGCCAAUCUGAAGAAGCACAAACUCAUCCAUGAUGGCAUAAAACCAUACUCGUGCACUUACUGUCAAAAGGCAUUCACUCAAAGAGCUAAUUUGGAUAAACACAUAAGAAUCCACACAGGAGAAAAACCAUACGGCUGCAUCAUAUGCAACAACAGCUUUGCGCAGCAAUCAAAUUUACAUAAACACAUGCUCAUCCAUCAGGGGGUGAAAUACCAGUGUGAAGAUUGCACAGCCACCUUCACACAGAAAGCAAACUUGAAGAAACACAUGGAACGACAUCUGAACAGGCAACAAAAUUGUGAAUUCUUCCAACCAAUUAAGAAAAUAAAAAAGUAA